AUGGAAAAUACCGAAAGUAAUUCGAGCAAAACAACUCCAACGGAUCAAUCGAAAUCAUCGCUCUUGUCGUGUUACCCGUCGUCGCAUCGCCUAAUGCAAUGGCCUGCUCGAGCUCAAUCGCCUGCGGAGAAACCCGAUAGUUCAAAUAAGAAAAAUGUCUCGCUGAAUUUGACGUGUGUCGUUUGCGGAGACACGAGUUCGGGAAAACAUUAUGGGAUUUUGGCGUGCAACGGAUGUUCAGGAUUUUUCAAACGCAGCGUGAGGAGAAAACUCAUUUACAGAUGCCAAGCUGGGACAGGAAGAUGUAUCGUGGAUAAAGCUCAUAGAAACCAAUGCCAAGCAUGUCGAUUGAAGAAAUGCCUCACAAUGGGAAUGAACAAAGAUGCCGUUCAAAAUGAGCGUCAACCACGAAAUACGGCAACAAUUCGACCCGAGGCUUUGCGCGAGAUGAGUCAAGGACGUGCUUUGCGAGAGGCGUGUUCAGUUGCUGUUGGUGUUUUUGGACCUCCUGCUUCGUUGUCAAUGUUGUCGCCGUCGCGUUAUACAUCAGCUUUGUUCACGCCUGCAGCUCCGUUUUUCCAUCACAAUCAUUUGCCCGUUCCAAAUGGCUUGUCGCAGCAUCAUAAUUUGACGAGCGGAUUGUCGAUCGAUGCGAAACUCUCGCCCGUUAUGGAAUCACAAAUGAGAGCAAAUAUGAGCACGACACCAACUUACAUCAAUCAAGAAACAAGUUCGCCAAAAAGUUCGUCGUCGAUCAAGACAUCCAACAACGAUAACGAUGAAGACUCCAUUGAUGUAACGAACACGAAUGAUGUAAAUAUAGAGUCAGAUUUGGCGAAACAAGAGCCACAAACUGCUUUGCUCUACAAUCAGACGACGUACAAUUAUACACAAGCCGAAACAAUUUACGAAACAAGUGCACGUUUGUUGUUCAUGGCUGUCAAAUGGGCUAAAAACUUGCCGAGUUUUGCAUCGCUCGCCUUUCGGGAUCAAAUAAUUUUGUUGGAAGAAUCUUGGGCGGAACUGUUUCUCUUGAAUGCUAUUCAAUGGUCGAUGCCCUUAGAAGUCUCGAGUUGCACGUUAUUCUCUCUCACGGAGCAUGAAGAUGCCGAAACGAACAAACAAGGACCAUUUGUGCAAGAUAUUCGUAUUUUAAAUGAUAUUCUAUGUCGAUUCAAAACAGUAUUAGUUGAUCCCGCGGAAUUUGCUUGCAUGAAAGCAAUCGUUCUUUUUCGCUCCGAAUCACGAGGCCUUAAGGAUCCCUCACAAAUUGAAAAUUUACAAGAUCAAGCUCAGGUAAUGUUGUAUCAACACUGCAAAGCACAAUUUCCCGAGCGUUCAGCGAGAUUUGGGCGUCUUUUGUUGAUGAUUCCGCUUUUGCGACAAGUCAACUCCCACAGAAUUGAGAUGCUGUACUUUCAAAAGACAAUCGGAAAUACGCCGAUGGAGAAAGUGCUGUGUGAUAUGUAUAGAAAUUAACUUAGUUGCAAAUUAUUUAGUCAUUGUCGUCGUUAGUUUUAAGGAAAUUAGUGAAAAACUGACUGUUGAUUUUUUCUUUUUGGCAAUUUUUGGUAAUGGAAUG